AUGCCCGGAGGCGUGUGUGCCGUCCUCGACUAUGAGGUCGACUUGAUGACUGAGUACAUUGCGGAGAUGGCGACCCGUCUGGUCACCCCUGGCUCUACCCUCUCUUCGCCCUUCCGCAAGUUCGUCAAGCAGAUUCUCACCUCGACAAGACUGCCUAGCACGACUAUCCUUCUUGGCAUGAAUUACUUGGCUAAGCGAAUCAACGCCAUGAAAGGACAGGGAGAGACUUACAAGGCGUCCGAGGGCCAGGUCUGGCGUUACCUCACGGUUUCCCUUCUUCUUGGAAGCAAGUUUCUCGACGACAACACUUUCCAAAACCGGUCCUGGUCCGAAGUCAGCGGUAUUUCUGUCGCUGAGCUCAACUCUCUCGAGUUUGACUGGGUUCAGGCUAUGAAUUGGCGUCUCUACGUCAACCUCGAUCUAAGCAAGGAUUACCAGGCUUGGCUCGACAGCUGGCGUGAUUACCGGGUGGCCAGGAAGCGCUUGGCUGCUCAAGUCUCACGCGAAAGACUGGCUGCUCAAGUCCCUGCUAUUGACACUGAACUCUCCCGUUACAACAGCUCCUGUCACUCUCCCAACUCCCGCUAUCUUCAAGCACAGGCGGCCGAGUACGAAAGAUACCAGUCGCUCAAGGCCCAGCAACAAUACCAAGGUCGCGAUGCUAUUUGGCAACACAACCCCUGGAAUGCUCCACUCACUCCUCCCGACUCGGGGUACGGUACGCCGGACUAUGACAUGUCUGCUACUUCUAGCAACGCGCGCUACAAUGAGUGGUUCUCCGACGCUGCCACCCAGUACGCCAACCGCUAUCCACAAUCAGCCGCGCCUUCCCAGUACUAUCCAAACCGCCAAGCGCCCUUUUCUGCCUACCCGUACCAUCACAGUGGUUGGGGGCACGCUAUGGGUGACUGCGGCUGUGCUGGCUGUGCUGCGCCUAUCAAGUCCAACUCGUACUUUGCGGCCCCUGGCUAUGGUCAACCUGUAAUGGGUUAG